CUUCCCCAGACCCUCGUCCGACUUCAACUUCUGUACUUCUGUCGCCCUUAGUCCGCUUCUGUCCUUGGCCGUCAACCAAUUCUGGAUCCUAAAAAAAUGUAUGAUGACUUCUAUAUUCCUUUAACACACAACAUGGUACAGGUACAGGUCUUGUAUAUACCGUCGCUCCCUUAACCUCGUUUCUAAAUCGCAGCGCUAUUAGGCGUCUUCCGUAUCUCUCAUCACUCUCUCGUCUCUCCCCCCUCUCAACCCUUCCUCUCACCAACAAGAUCACCACCAAGAUCACCACCAAGCCUUAUUAACCCAUUAAAUUCUCUUCGUAUGAAUUUCGCAAGGAUACUCUGUAAAGCCCCCAUAUUCUGUUCUCCAUCCGGAUCGGAAUUAUACUGGAUCCUCUCUACGAGUAGAGAUAUACCGACAAAAGUUACUCAUAUUCAUGCUUUGUAAUUAAACGCUCGAUCCUCAACUCCCCCUUCAAUCAUCGCAGUCCAGCACACGAUAGGCCUGCACGCUUGAUUUCACCAAAGUCGCUGGUUUUAUGUUUAUUUUGAUUCUCAUUACGCUGCGGGUAUAUGUAACUAGGCCAAGCGCAUCCGAGCCCUCGAAAUACAUGUUUUCUUUACACCUGCUUUCAAGAUAGGAUACCCGGCAUAUUCAUUCACCCUCGGCAUCGUAGUUGACAACUCCACUUUCAUGUCCUCCAUACAUACCAACCCGACCCCAUCAAAUUUGCCUUCGUCUAGUUCCUCCGAUAGCCCGACCUCUGAAUCUCGUGACGGGGUGGAAGAUGGUGUAGCUCCUAACCCUGCCGGUACCGAGCAUCCUUCGGUCGCUUCCGGAUUGCUCCUCAACGCCGUCAGAGACGUCAGAGAGAUAAUCCGGCUCGUUCAAUGUCAAGUAUGCUCGAAAAUUCUACGCGAACCGACGACCUUACCAUGUGGACAUAGCCUCUGCAGGCAGUGCGUGCCUCAGACACACAUACGAACUAAUAUUUCUUGGCCAGCAACCGCUAAUCGACUUCGUGGAUUCCAAUGCCCUUUCGGCGACUGCAAAAAAGAGCAUGCUCUCGGGGACUGCGCUGUCGAUGUCACCUUAAAUAAAGCCUUGGCCAUUUUUGAGACGAUCAUUGAGCAAUAUCAUGAUGACACAGGGCUAUCCAGUGUUUCCACACUUAUUGCUGUGCGAAAUCAGUGGGAUAUUGCCGGGGUUCCGUCUCUCGCGAAGAAGAAGAGCGAGCCUAAUGUGCUGAGGGGAGGUCAUAUCAUAGCGACUUAUUCACUGGCGGAACUCGGAAAAUUGGAUUAUGGGUGCGAGGUUUCCUACUCUUCCGUGGGUGCAGGUGACGAUGCGGUCACGCAGGUAGACACAGCCGUGCUAGCACGCUUGAAGGAGUCUGUUAGGACAGAAAUGGACUGCCAAGUCUGUUACGCGUUGUUCUUAGAUCCGUUAACGACGACCUGUGGACACACGUUUUGCCGAGGUUGCCUUCAUCGCAUUCUAGAUCACUCAGAUCUUUGCCCGAUAUGCAGGCGUAACUUGUCGAUACAAGCUCAGGUUAACCAGCAGUCUUACCCGUCAAAUGAACGGCUCUGUAAGAUUAUCAACGGGUUUUGGGCCGAUCUGGUGGCGCUCCGCUCGCAAGCUUAUAGGCUUGAACAACAGGUCAAUCACGGCGGGUUUGAUACUGCGCUCUUCGUCUGUACGCUCUCGUUUCCGCGUAUGCCAACUUUCCUGCAUGUUUUUGAGCCGCGAUAUCGGUUGAUGAUCCGCCGGGCAAUGGACAACGAUCGGACGUUUGGGAUGGUGCUCCAUAAAUCGUCUCGCACUCCCGACGGUUCUGACUUUAUGGAGCUUGGAACCUUACUCCGUAUUGUCAACAUUGAAUUUUUCCCAGAUGGGCGGAGUCUUUUGGAAACGGUCGGUGUUUCUCGCUUCCGGGUCACGGGUCACGGGUGGUUAGAUGGAUAUAUUGUAGGGAACAUUGAGAAGAUAGACGAUAUCAGCCUGGCGGAAGAGGAAGCCAUAGAAGCAUCAGAAACGAUGCGUGCCCGUGGCAUACGAGAUCCAGUUACUUCACCGCCAAGUCCAGACCCAGCGCAUCCAGAACAAGCUGUACCUGCUCGCUCUCGUGCAGUAUCCGUAUCACUAGAUGAUCUAGAGACGAUGUCGACUAGGGAGCUAGUUCAAUUUGGCGUCGACUUUGUUAGAAGGAUGCGGGCGCAGAGCGUCGCUUGGCUUACGGCCCGAGUCUUGGCCAUAUACGGUGAAUGUCCAACAGAUCCGGCAAUCUUCCCCUGGUGGUUUGCCAGUAUCUUGCCAGUUAAGGACGAAGAAAAGUAUAGGUUGUUGGGUACUUCUAGCGUACGUGAACGGUUGAAGAUGUGUUGCCGGUGGAUUAUAGAAUGGGAGUCUAGCAGAUGGACCCUUUCCGAUUGCCGUGUCUUAUGAUGAGCGAUCAUGUUCGUACGCGUCGUACCACGACCACCUCUUAUUUGAACUGAUCGGUCAGAAAGUAGCGGAUUAUGAAUCGUAGGAAAGGUCGAGAUCACUACGAGUUUAAGGGGAGUGAUGUUGGGAGAACUUUUGCCGUUUCUACUGUUUGGCACCACAUCAUAUCAUCGUCGUCGUCAUCAUAUUAGUGAUACCAUCAAAGCGCGCUAGCAUUGUGAUCAAGUCUGAGGAGUUCUUUUAUUUAUUCGCGCGCAGCAUCGUAUCAUGCAUACCUAGGCACGUUACCAUUGGAAGUUAUGUUGACAGAGGGAAUGAUAUUGUAUAUAAUAUUUGCAUCCUAAGAUAUAAUGAAGCACCCCUAUUUUUGACA